AUGCGAGACGAUUAUUGCAACCGACGUAAUUUAUCAAUGCCACGAUGGAUUCGCAUUUGGCUUAAAAUUUCAACAGUGAUCUGUAGCUUUGAUGUUGCUUAUACAAUGCUUCGUCCAUAUACCCUUCGGGGUAAUACACUUGGAACCUUCUAUGAAUUAUGGAAUAUCUAUAGUGAUGUUGAUCUGAGAUACGCUACAACCGAUGAUAUUGUUACGAUGGCUACUGGUCGAUUAAUGAUCAUCGAGAUAAUCUUAAACAUUGUUGCUCUCUAUUUGUGUCGAGAUCAUCCACGUCAUGCCAAAUUAACGGCUUUUCUCACAAAUGCAUUUGUCUUCUGGAAAACUCUUCUUUACAUGACAUUGUUUAUUGCACCACCGCAAGGAUCAGUUAAUUACUUAGCUGAAUCAGCUGGCAUAUGGAAGCGAUUCUUCAUUUUCUGGCUUCCGGAUCUUAUAUGGUGUUUUGUUCCAUUGGCUGUUUUGAUACAUUUAUGGAGUGAUUUGGUCGAUCCAAAUACAGCCUUAUAA